GGCUCAUCUGGGAUCCUCUCCAGUCAGGCUUCCUUGUGCAAGUGUCUGAAGCAGCUAUGGCAACUGUCCCUGAACUCAACUGUGAAAUAGCAGCUUUCGACAGUGAGGAGAAUGACCUGUUCUUUGAGGCUGACAGACCCCAAAAGAUUAAGGAUUGCUUCCAAGCCCUUGACUUGGGCUGUCCAGAUGAGAGCAUCCAGCUUCAAAUCUCACAGCAGCAUCUCGACAAGAGCUUCAGGAAGGCAGUGUCACUCAUUGUGGCUGUGGAGAAGCUGUGGCAGCUACCUAUGUCUUGCCCGUGGAGCUUCCAGGAUGAGGACCCAAGCACCUUCUUUUCCUUCAUCUUUGAAGAAGAGCCCGUCCUCUGUGACUCGUGGGAUGAUGACGACCUGCUAGUGUGUGAUGUUCCCAUUAGACAGCUGCACUGCAGGCUUCGAGAUGAACAACAAAAAUGCCUCGUGCUGUCUGACCCAUGUGAGCUGAAAGCUCUCCACCUCAAUGGACAGAACAUAAGCCAACAAGUGGUAUUCUCCAUGAGCUUUGUACAAGGAGAGACAAGCAACGACAAAAUCCCUGUGGCCUUGGGCCUCAAGGGGAAGAAUCUAUACCUGUCCUGUGUGAUGAAAGACGGCACACCCACCCUGCAGCUGGAGAGUGUGGAUCCCAAACAAUACCCAAAGAAGAAGAUGGAAAAGCGGUUUGUCUUCAACAAGAUAGAAGUCAAGACCAAAGUGGAGUUUGAGUCUGCACAGUUCCCCAACUGGUACAUCAGCACCUCUCAAGCAGAGCACAGACCUGUCUUCCUAGGAAACAGCAAUGGUCGGGACAUAGUUGACUUCACCAUGGAACCCGUGUCUUCCUAAAGAUGGCUGCACUAUUCCUAAUGCCUUCCCCAGGACAUGCUAGGGAGCCCCCUUGUCGAGAAUGGGCAGUCUCCAGGGGAAGCCUUUGUCCUCUGCCAAGUCAGGUCUCUCAGAGCCAUAAGAAAACCGUGGCACAUUCUGGUCAAAGAAAACGUGUGUUUCCCUCCCUGCCUCUGACAGGCAACCACUUACCUAUUUAUUUAUGUAUUUAUUGAUUGGUUGAUCUAUUUAAGUUGAUUCAGGGGGGUCACGAGGCAGCAUUGUCGACAGAAGAAUCUAGUUGUCCGUGUGUAUGGGAUGAAUUGAAUUUGGACCAGUGCACAGCCAGCACUGAGUUCUUUCAUUGAUGCUGAAAAUGAAGAGUUUCAUAUUGUGUGGAUGAGAGUGUUUAUGAAUGAAGCACAAGCACAUCAUUUUGAUGAGUAUGAAAUAAAUGUCACUAAAACAAAAA